AUGUCGACAACCACCACUCUCCAAGCUGCCCCCGUGGCAUUGCAAUCUUCAAUCUCACCCCUCUCUACCAAACAGCCAGUCCUCAGGGAGCAGCAACAGGAAACCCCCCUCACCUCUUCCCACGAGAGCAGCGAUGAGACCGACGGUUCUGUCAGCCCUCGAAAGCAGUACUCCCGUCUGCAGCAGGCGGCCGUCACUUUCCAGCUCUCCACUGUCAACCUGGCCUCCAGCUGCACAAACGGCCUCAUCGUUAUCUCGCUCCCUCAGCUGACGGCCGACCUCUCCCUCCCUUCCUCCCUCGCCUUCUGGCCAUCCUCUGUCGCCGGUCUCACCACCGCCUCCACGCUGCUCAUCGCUGGCUCGCUCGCUGAUGUUCUCGGCCACCGCGCUAUCGCCCUCGCCGGCAUGCUCACGUGCGGUCUCUUCAUGAUCAGCUGUGGCCUUGUCCACCGUGGCGAGGAUUUCGUCAUUCUCCGCGCCCUCUACGGCAUCGGUCUUUCCAUGCACCUUGCCAGCUCCAUUGGAUUGGUGACCAAGCUACUGCCUCGGGGUCGAGGCAGGAAUGUCGCUUUCGCCUGCUUGGGGUUCAGCCAGCCCCUUGGGUUCUGUCUUGGGCUGAUUGCUGGUGGUGUGCUGGUUGAUACCAUUGGCUGGCGCGCGGGGUGGUACAUCUAUGGAGGAUUUACCCUCUCCAUGUUUGUCAUGUCUAUCUUCUCCCUGCCCAAGAGCGAGCCGUUAGGGUCGGUCAAGGAGGUCAUCCGCAACAUGAAAGCCAAGGUGGAUUGGCUGGGCACCUUGCUUGCUUCCGCGUUCAUGGCUCUUCUUUGCUACUUUCUCGCUAUGAUCAGCACCGAUAUCAAUCGUGUCAAGGAGCCUCUCAGCAUUGCAUUCCUCAUUAUCGGGGUUCUCUGCCUGCCACUCUUCCUCGGCUGGAUGCACCGUCAGGUCAGCACCGGCAAACCAGCUCUGAUCCCCAAUUCCUUCUGGCGCAUCGCAUCCUUCUCCAGCAUCUGCGCGACCAUCGCCCUCUCCUACGCCGUGAUCAAUUCCCUCGAGCUUUUUGUCAGCCUGUUCUUUCAAGAGGUCCAGCACCUGUCAGCUCUAUCCUCCGCCAUCCGAAUGAUCCCCAGCUUUGUCGUCGGUGUCAUACUAAACCUCAUCACUGGCAUCUUCGUCCAUCGCGUCCCCGCCAUCUGGAUCGUCACCGUCAGCUGCGUCCUCACCGCCGGCUCCCCGCUCCUCAUGGCCGUCAUCCAACCCCACUGGUCGUACUGGGCCAACGCCUUCGUGGCUCAGCUCCUCAUGCCCGUCUGCGCCGAUGUCAUAUUCGUCAUCGGCAUGCUCGUGGUCAGUGAGACUUUCCCGGAGGACAAGCAAGCGCUUGCCGGAGCGGUGUUCAACACGGCGGCGCAGUUUGGUAAUGCGUGCGGUCUGGCGAUCAUGCAGGUAAUAUCAAUGGUCGUGGCGAAGGGGCAUGAGGGGAUGUCGCCGGUCGAUGCUCUCAUGCAGGGUUAUCGGGCUAGUUUCUGGACGAUGUUUGGGUUUAUGGUUUUCUGUGCUUUCCUUAGCGGGUUUGGACUGAGGAAGGCUGGCAAACUCGGUGUCAAGACAGAUUAG